AUGGACUUUAAUGCUUUAGAGUCGUUGUUAAGAGGGGUAGUGGUGGGAGAUGUCGAUCGUGAUAAAGUGGAGUGGAUAUGUGAUAAUUUUGGUGUCUUUACAGUUGCCUCUUGUUAUGAUUUCUAUGCUUCUUUUCGUACUCCUAUUGGUCCACCUAAUAGGUACGACAUUUCAUUGGAGAACAUUUGGAAGAUGGAGGUUCCUUUCAAGAUAAAGACAUUGGGAUGGAGACUUUUUGUAAAUAGUCUUCCUACGAAGGAUCUCUUAAAGAUUAGAGAGUUGGAGGGUAGGGACCAAUCUUUUUUUAAGUGCAAUAUUGUGAAGAUUAUUUGGAAAGAAAUAGCGUUAUGGGUUGAUAAAUCGUAUGUUUCGGAGGAGGAGUGCCUUUCGAGUUUUGGAGAUUGUUACUAUAUUAGAGAGAUUCUUAUCGAACGAGCUUAUGGUAAUAGAGCUUCCACUUGUGAUGGCAUAGUAUGUUUUAAGAUUGAUAAUUCUUCGGCUGUGUUGUGUAACCCUUUCAUUCGAAAAUUCAAAAUAUUGCCUCCUUUAAAAUAUCCUUCUGGUGAAAUAUUUUAUACCUUAGUGCAUGACCGUUUCAUUAAUAAUUAUAAGAUUAUUGCGGUUAAUUGCACGCGUAGUAGCAAAAUAGAAGUCAACGUUCAUAUUUUGGGUACAAAUCAUUGGAGAAGGAUUCGGGACUUCCCAGAUCCUAACCUUAUUCUUGUGUCUAGAUUGGGAACGUUUGUGAAUGACUCUCUUAAUUGGUUGGUAUAUUCUGCUGCACCAUUCAUUGUUUCUCUAGAUUUGGAGAAAGAGUCUUAUGAAAAGCUUGCAUUGCCGGUGUCUUAUCAAAAGCUUGCAUUGCCGGUCUUUCCUAAUAUUUCCUCUUUUAUGACCUUAGGGACAUUGAAGGGUUGUUUGUCCCUCAUCUUUGAUAAGAGGGACAAGUCUUGUGAUGUUUGGAUUAUGAAAGAAUACGGUAAUGAAAAGUCUUGGACUAAAUUGUUAACUGUUCCUCACAUGAAAGAAUGUGACUUUUAUUGCUAUAUCAGAGCAUUAUAUAUUUCAGAGGAUGAGAAAGUGCUGAUGGAGUGUAAGAAGAUGGGAAUAAAUAGUUUGGUUGUUUAUGAUUCCAUAAAUAAUACUUUUAUGAUUCCUGAAUUUCAAAACUACAUCUCCACUGAGAUGACACCAGAAGUAUAUGUUGAGAGUUUGAUAUCACCUUUGUAG